AGAGGUGAUUGCACGUCCGGCUUCGCUCCUCCUCUCUGUGCUCUCCAGGAUCCAAAACCAACUUGCAACUAUAAUAAUGCACAGCCUGAAAUUGGCACUGCGCAUGCGCACACCGUGCCUUCCUCUUUCUGUUGUUGCCCACUUCCUAAUGCGUCAUGGCGCCGAGCUGGCUACUGGUUGGAGCUGAAGUGGCGGCCAUGCUUGUUAAGGGCACCGUACAGUUCAAAGAGGUAUCGAACUACUUAUGAAUCAUCUGGAUUCGUAUACUCUAGAAUCGCCUAACAACCAGUGAGUUCCAAUAUAUAUUUUUUCUUUAUUAUUUGAAUAGGGCUGUAUGUUUCAGUACACUCCAUAAUAAGGAUUGCUGUAGGCAUUUUAACAACUAACUGUAGAGGCAUCAGCUUCCUUGACAUAAAUAGUUGUUUCAUACAUUUUAUCAUGCAUUAUAUAUUAGCAAGUUUUUCCUUACUACGACCAUGUUUUGUAAAGGUUUGUAUUCUAUAUGUGCACCUGAUUUUAGGCACAAUUUCAUUAUUUAAAAAAAAAAAAAAACCAAUGGGGAUUUGUAUGUUAAAAAAAAACCAAAACACUUUAUUAGAUUUUAAAGACACUCCAGAGCCCAAACACAAAAAUAAAUACAAUCACAAUUUACUAGAUAUGCAUUGAGUCUCUCCUUCUGUACAAGAUUCCAACUUUAAAGGGACAGUCCAAUACUCAAAAUAAAUAAAAAUCGCUGUUUAAUAAUGAAAAAUUGCAUGAAAUUAUGAUGGGGUUUUUUUUCCAUUGGGGGUAUGCCAAUCCUUUAGGUGGACCCGCUUUCUUUAUUGGUCUGCACAUUUGGGCUCUGCUAGUGACAGGAUUCUGGCACUGUCCCGCCCGCCCCUUUCGAACAGGGGUCUUGUGAGUCAAGGUUGAGAGGUAUGAUUGAUUGACAAGCCAGGGGGAGUGUAACAAAAUUUAUAAAAGUGACAAUUCCUUUAAAAAUUGCUCUUUUUAUAACAUGAAAAAAGAGGAAACACUUCAAAAAGCAAUCUAGAGUGCUUUAGGUGUUUGGAGUGGUCCUUUAAGAAUUGUUUGAAUUUGUGAGUAGGGGUGUGGCCUGGUGUAAAGCUAUUUUAAGGUGGCUUACUAAUAACAAUUUAUACAACUAAAUUGUAGUUUAUAACAAGGUAUCUUAUUUACACAGGCUGAUUUUAUAAAUGUUUAUUUUGAUUUAACAUGUUACUGACUUUAUUAUUGAGCUAUAUUAUACACUGAGGCACACCUACAAUCUGGAAGUCCUAGUAGAGAGGGACAUCAGGAUAGAAAAGAGUGAUAGAGAAAUGUGGGCCCUAAAUAAGGACUGUGCCUGCUAAAUAAGAACACAGGAUACCCAUGACAAAGGCCAAUUGGUUGAGAUCAGAACUAGGAAUCCAUCUUGGGCAUCCAACAAAAUUACUAAUACCUCUCAAUUGUCCCAGUUUGUUUGGACCAUCCUAAAUUUGUGGAUCUGUCCCAUUUUUGUUACCCUGCCAUAUUUCCCAUUAGAGAGACUAGGUGCCACUAUACAGGUGUAUGUCCUUUACAGGGCCGGUGCAAGGAUUUGCUCUGCCAUAUGGGCCAACACCAGUGCUGCACAUAGUGUCUUAUCUGAAAACCAGUGUGUUUACAUUAAAAAGCCUACAGGCACAGGGUAUAGAUACCAGAACCACUACAUUAAACUGUAGUGCUUCUGGUGACUAUAGUGUCCAUUUAAUGUGAGUUAAAUUAGAGAUUAGUGCCACUAAUAAUAUAUUGAAUUGCCUACUUACCACCUGAUGAUUAUGGGCUGCAGUCUGGUUCCACAGGUCUGGUGUAGAAGAGGCUCUCUGGAGACUGUUUGUUUGUAACAGUGCUCACAACAAUUAACGAACAGGAAGCAGCUCCAUUUUUUGGGGCCUCUUACACAGCUCAAGGUCUCAGGCCCCCAGGGCCUGACCGUGAGUAUGCCUAAAAGGCCCACCCAUAAAUCCACUUACAUGGCACACCCAUGAGUGCUCUCACAGUGAGUGGAGUGGAGUGUAUGUGUGUAGGAGAUGUUAUUGUAGAGGAUGUAGUGUAUAGGGAUACCAAUUUGUGAAAGGAAUGCAUUAUGUGUUUGUGUGUGUGUGUGUAAGAGAUGCAUUUUGUUUCUGUGUGUAGGCACGUAAGGGAUGCAUUGUGUGUUUCGGUGUGUCUGUGUGUGAGUAGGGAUGCAUUGUAUAUGUGUGUAGUGUAAAAGAGAGGGUUUGUGGGGUAGGAUAGGGGCUGAGAGCAGAGCAGCUCUUUAUUUUUAUUUUUUAGUUUUUUUAUAGUGCUCUUCCUUUCUGUCCCUUAGUACUCUCCCUUGGCCCCCUGUCCAUCUGCAGUCCCCCCGUGGUGGUCUUCUCACUCCCCCAUUAGUGGUCCUCCAUCUCCCCCCCAAAACCCCUUAGUGGUCCUUACCUCCCCCUUAGUGGUCAUCCCUCCCCGCCCCUCUCCCAAACCCCUUAGUGGUCCUUCCUCCAAACCCUUAGUGGUCCUUUCCCUCUUAGUGGUCCUUACCUCUUCCCCCCUUAGUGGUCCUCCCUCCCUCCCCCACACUCAGUGGUCCUUACCCCUUAGUGGUCAUUUCCCCUUCCUUCCCCCCCUUCUUAGUGGUCCUUCCCCCCACCCCUUGAAUGGUUCUACCUAAUGUAGGGUGGCCGGGCGGCACGGACCGCAGUACAGGAACUUCUGUUUCCUGUACCCAGCCGCCGGCGGACUGAAGGGAAGCGCUGAGUGAGCACUUCCUGUCAUUCCGCCGGGUACAGGAAACAGAAGUUCCUGUCCAGCAGGGUCUGCGCCAUCCGGCCACGCUACAUUGAGUGACCGGCAGGAGGGAGCGAUGUGCGCUUCCCUCCUGACGGUCACCUAAAUCUAGCGCCCCCCCAGGCUGGUGUGCCCUGGGCGACUGCCUAAGUCGCCUAUAGGACAUGCUGACCCUGGUCCUUUAGGGGAUACCUUUUUCCAGCAUUUAUGAUUUGCCUUUUUAUAGCUUAAGUGGGCUGGUGAUAUAAGAACUAGGAGCUUUGGCCAGUGUCCUCACAAGAUCACAGCCUAUAACUAAUGUUCAUUGUCAGUGUUAUCAGCAUUUCUUUAACAUUUUCUACAGUGCCUUGCUGUUUUGCAUUUAUAGAGUUAUAUAACAGCAAGUAAUUAACAACAAAAUAAUAAUAUGACAGACACCGGAGUUGAAGAGGACAAGUCGCAAAAUGUUGGCCGGUUUCUGAAAUGUUACUGACUUUUGACUCAUGUUUUUUUUUUUUGCUUUGUUUUUUUUUGGGGGGGUGGGAGGGGUUGUACUUGUCCUUCACGCUUUGGGUGAAUAAUGUGGAAGUGUUACUUUUGCAUUAUCAAAGGGCAGAAAGGCCAGGUUUUAAGAACUGUAUUGGUUACUGUGCUUAGAGUGCCCUUUACUUAUUACAUCUAUCAUCCAUGUGCAUUCAGCCAUUUGAUGGAUACUACAGGGAGUGCAGAAUUAUUAGGCAAAUGAGUAUUUUGACCACAUCAUCCUCUUUAUGCAUGUUGUCUUACUCCAAGCUGUAUAGGCUCGAAAGCCUACUACCAAUUAAGUAUAUUAGGUGAUGUGCAUCUCUGUAAUGAGAAGGGGUGUGGUCUAAUGACAUCAACACCCUAUAUCAGGUGUGCAUAAUUAUUAGGCAACUUCCUUUCCUUUGGCAAAAUGGGUCAAAAGAAGGACUUGACAGGAUCAGAAAAGUCAAAAAUAGUGAGAUAUCUUGCAGAGGGAUGCAGCACUCUUAAAAUUGCAAAGCUUCUGAAGCGUGAUCAUCGAACAAUCAAGCGUUUCAUUCAAAAUAGUCAACAGGGUCGCAAGAAGCGUGUGGAAAAACCAAGGCGCAAAAUAACUGCCCAUGAACUGAGAAAAGUCAAGCGUGCAGCUGCCACGAUGCCACUUGCCACCAGUUUGGCCAUAUUUCAGAGCUGCAACAUCACUGGAGUGCCCAAAAGCACAAGGUGUGCAAUACUCAGAGACAUGGCCAAGGUAAGAAAGGCUGAAAGACGACCACCACUGAACAAGACACACAAGCUGAAACGUCAAGACUGGGCCAAGAAAUAUCUCAAGACUGAUUUUUCUAAGGUUUUAUGGACUGAUGAAAUGAGAGUGAGUCUUGAUGGGCCCCCGUGGCUGGAUUGGUAAAGGGCAGAGAGCUCCAGUCCGACUCAGACGCCAGCAAGGUGGAGGUGGAGUACUGGUUUGGGCUGGUAUCAUCAAAGAUGAGCUUGUGGGGCCUUUUCGGGUUGAGGAUGGAGUCAAGCUCAACUCCCAGUCCUACUGCCAGUUCCUGGAAGACACCUUCUUCAAGCAGUGGUACAGGAAGAAGUCUGCAUCCUUCAAGAAAAACAUGAUUUUCAUGCAGGACAAUGCUCCAUCACACGCGUCCAAGUACUCCACAGCGUGGCUGGCAAGAAAGGGUAUAAAAGAAGAAAAUCUAAUGACAUGGCCUCCUUGUUCACCUGAUCUGAACCCCAUUGAGAACCUGUGGUCCAUCAUCAAAUGUGAGAUUUACAAGGAGGGAAAACAGUACACCUCUCUGAACAGUGUCUGGGAGGCUGUGGUUGCUGCUGCACGCAAUGUUGAUGGUGAACAGAUCAAAACACUGACAGAAUCCAUGGAUGGCAGGCUUUUGAGUGUCCUUGCAAAGAAAGGUGGCUAUAUUGGUCACUGAUUUGUUUUUGUUUUGUUUUUGAAUGUCAGAAAUGUAUAUUUGUGAAUGUUGAGAUGUUAUAUUGGUUUCACUGGUAAUAAUAAAUAAUUGAGGGCGGAGCCAGCAGCGCAACGGAGCGGUCGCAUCUCAGCGAGCUCCGACAUCAACUCAACUAAAUAGAGCCCUAAGUAGCAAAAUCCACGGAAACCUACCUACUAGCCUGCCCACGGAAGGCAGACAGAACAUGGGCAGAAAGUCCAAGAAAUCAAAGGCGGACAAAAGCCCUCCCGGACGGGAUAUUGGCGAAAUGCUGCGGAACACGCAACAGGCCGCAUGGUCCAAGAUGGCGCUGGAGGACGAUUUUGCCUCUUACUCCUCAGAGGACUUUGACACCGACCUGAUGGAGGGCGCGGCCCUCAGGCCGUCACCAAAACACAACACAGUGACCAACACACCCGGAGACCCGGUAACCGCAAGCCAACUUAAAGAAAUGCUGGCCGAACUACGCAAAGACCUGUCAGCAGAUAUGGCUUACUAUAAAGCAGCCAUAGAAGGGGCCCAGACGAAGAUCACCCAACUAGAGGCCUGCGCGAGCACCCAGGACUCCAGGCUGACAGCGGUGGAGCACCAGGUGACAGAACUGGUAAAGCAGCAGCAAGCUGCAACAGACUGCCUAGACACACUGGAGGACCAAAGGAGACGCCACAACCUGAAAAUCAGGGGGAUACCUGAUUCGGUGAGCCUCACUGAACUGCCCCACUACAUCAGGCGCCUUCUGGGUGCCCUACUCCCGCCAAAACAGGCGAAGUCCCUGCGGCUCGACGGAUGUUUCGACUUCCAAAACCGACCCGGGCCCCAGUGACCGCAUCUGCGGACCUUAUCAUACGCUUCCAGAGCAUAUCGGACAAAGCGACACUUCAAAAUACACUGAGGGGCAAAACCCCAUAUUUGUUUGAGGGCAGCACACUUACAUUUUUCCAGGACAUCACCAGGAGUACGCUUACCUGGCGGAAAUCUUUGCAGCCGCUGCUACAACAUCUCCGCAACAGGGAGAUGCCCUACCGUUGGGGGACCCCACGGGCAGUACUACUCACCCUUAACGAGACAUCCCACAAAGCACAGAGCUACCAAGAACUGGAAGCACUCCUGACGUCUGCGGGUAUACUUCAGGCAGCACACACAAAAAGAUCAGGACUGUCCAGGAUCAACCCAGCUACCAUACGGUAGUUCACGCACGAGAGCCCCCCUGGGACCGACACCGACCAGCCCGCCGCCCUGAGCUACUUGGGACCAGAGUCUGCAGGGCGCACCUCUUACCCACCGCCAACGACACCCAAGUUCUCAACAGCUUGCAACCUCCACCCGCACGCACGCCCGGGGCUAGCACUUUGCACGGACAUCGGCUGAAACUGGCAGAACAUCCCACCACAGCUCUGCUAUCGAUGCUGCAAACCCUCUCACACGUGAGGGCACGGAUCCGAAAUCGCUAGACUAACCCUCCGGCUCCCCGUUAUUGUUGGGGGUAUGGCCUAAAAAUAUUUUGUCUUUACCCCUCUUAAUGUUCUCCGGGCGGGAUAGCCGACACCUGUCUUACCUAUGGAGCAUAUGAGAGGCACCAGGACUUACCCGGCAUAAAACUGCUCUUUCUUGUGCCACAUCUUGUAAAUAGGUCUUCCCCACUGCACACGACCCUUAGCGUAACAUAGGUUUAAGAUGUUAAUGUUACACCUUAUUGACCGAUACUCCUAUCCUAGCACUGUUAAAUGUUGACCUUUUCAUUUAUCCUAUUGACCUCACUGUUUAACCUUUAAGAUGGCAGUCAUAAUUUUAUAAAACUACGCGAGAACUCAUGCCACAGUUUAUAUUAUUUUAUCUUAAGUAUAUUAUCUGACUCGCUAAUGCAUGCUGUCACACCCCUACGAAACCCAGAGAGCCUGCCUAUAAUGUCUAAUUAAUGCAUACACUGGCCUAGCAAGAAUGUGAACAACUGUGAUAACAUGCCUACCUUAGCACUGUUAAGCGUUAACCUCUUUAUUUCAUUUUACUUCAAAAUCAUUACUGUUUAGCCUAUCGGAUGAUUGCUAUAACUAUAUAAAAUGUGCAAGAUUUCAUGCCACUGUUUAAUUUAAGUACAAUUUCAGACACGCCGUUGGGGCGUAUAUCAAUACGAUGUAUAACGUGCACAACAAAAAUAAAGAAUUCAAAAAAAAAUAAUAAUAAUUGAAAUGGGUAUAUAUUUGUUUUUUGUUAAGUUGCCUAAUAAUUAUGCACAUUAAUAGUCACCUGCACACACAGAUAUCCCCCUAACAUAGCUAAAACUAAAAACUACUUCCAAAAAUAUUCAGCUUUGAUAUUAAUGAGUUUUUUGGGUUCAUUGAGAACAUGGUUGUUGUUCAAUAAUAAAAUUAAUCCUCAAAAAUACAACUUGCCUAAUAAUUCUGCACUCCCUGUAUAUAUGCUUGACCAACUAUUGUAAUAGUUGUAGAACUAGUAUUUCUAUCUUUAUCAUGAAAAGUGUGUGUGUGUGUUAGUGUUAAGAGAGUUUAUAAAGUGCAUAAAAAUCUCUCCAACAGACAGAAAGGAGAGCAAAGGUCUAUCAAUAAGUACAUGAAUUCACUUAAUUUUGUUAUAAGAAAUAAAAACAGCAUGUGUUUUAUUUAUUUAUUUGUUGUCUCAAGUAUUUUCAUUUGUGUAAAAAAGAAAAGAAAUAAAAAUGCAGGAAUCAGAGGAGAAAUCAGUGCACACUGCAUGUCACUAUUGUUUUGAAAAUGAGCAAAUGUUCUUGUUUUCUACUGAAGAUGAUUUGCUAGCAAAAAGACUACAGGGCUUGGCCAGUUACUGUACUCAGAGUGGGAAGUGUUAAAAAUGUUAAUAGAGUAAAAAUCCUGUUUGGGAGGAGGAACACACAUUUUAUGUGUGAAGAAGAGCACAUUUUAUCCAUUCAAGACUGGACUGGCAACAUAUUAGAAAUCAGGCUCCUCACUUGGAUUAACAGGUAACAACAGUGUUUUGUGACAAUAUAACCGCAUUACAUAUAUUUAUAUAACAAAAGCUGCAAAGACUAGAAGGUUUUUUAUUUUAUUUGUUUAUCCCUUUGCAGCAGUGAUAGUAUACUGUAUGGUAUAGCAUAGUCAUUUUUUAUAAUUGCCUUAUUUUAUAAUGUUAAAUACCCUACACCAUAUCUGCUGCAUGCAUAUAACAUUGCUUAGUUACCUCGUUGCCAUUUUUAUUAGCAGAGUGUUUUCUAAAUGUGUUUUAACUUUCAUAAAUCAUGUGAUGAUUUAUAUGAAUCAUAUAAUCAUAUGAAGGAAGAAUUUUGAAAUGUCUUAUUUCUAAACAAAACAGUAUAUUUCAUAGAAUAAAUUAGUGUUAUUUACUUUUACAAAACAAGUUCACCCUUGCAACUCUGUGCUUAGUAGAGAGUCUUAUGUUACAUUUCCUUUUUUUUUUAAUAACCUUUACAUGACAGAGGACUUAUUAGGACUGUCAGGAUAUAAAGGAAUCAGCUUAACUUAUAGUAAUGAAGGGGUUACUCACGGAUGGCACUGUUUGAUAUUUUAUCACACCCAAGUAGAAGUGGUACAAAAGUCACAUAGUUUACAAACUAGACAAAUUGCAGAUAGAUUUGCAAUCUAGCAAGAAUUAUGCUGAAUCAUGCUGAGUUUGGAAGAGUAAAGUUUAUCUAUUAAAAAAAAAAAGUUAAUAAAAAACAAAUUGAAAUACCUGAUUUUUUUUUUGAUUUUUUUUGAUUUGAUUUUUUUAUGCUCUUCACAUUCAUUCAUGUGUCAAAAUAUAUUUCCUGGAUCUCAUAGGUUCUAGGAUUAGCUUCAUUGAAAACUAUUUGACGCUGCACUGCAUAGGAGAGGUUUACUAGGUACGCUCAACACAUUUUAAAAUAGAUCUCAAUAGGUUUUAAACUAACUAUUUAGGUUACCAGACCCCCUCCAAUCACAUUGGGAAAAGUGUUUUUACUCCCUUUUUUCCCCCUGCCUCCUUGGCUGAGAUCAUCAAUUUUUAGAUUUUUUAUUUUUUUCUGUCACUUAUUUUUUAUUGAGGUAGAUGCACAUAAUAUAUUAAGAACAGUGCAUACAUUGAAAAGCCUUCAAGGGCAGGUUAUAGAAACCAGAACCACUACAUUAAGCUGCAGUGGUUGUGGUGACUAUAGUGUCCCUUUAAGAUAUAUUAUAUUUGGUGUUGAAAAUAAAGCUUUUGUUAGUUUAAAAAAAAAUAAUAAUAGUAAUAAACUGGCUCCUACCUUUUUUUAGCUUUCUACUAGACUCAAAGCAAAUUAGCAAAGCCUCGUUAUAGUAAAUAUUUAAAACACUGCAGAAUAAGUAAAUAUAAGAGCAAUUAAAUACUAAAGACAUACUGUGCAAAUACAGUCAAACUUUUACAUGUAUUUCUGUUUGAAUAAUGCAGUCAUAGUUAUUCAGCAACGUCAAUAUAUCACUGUGUGUACUUCUCUUCCAGCCAUAAAAAUAGACUAAAACAAAACCCAGAAAAAAAAGUAAUCACUCCGAAACUACUGAUAUCCAAUAAAAUUAAAUUUUUUAAUCAACCAGUAAAAAAACAAAUAGUUUAGCAAGCUUUUAGACAGAUGUACUUGCAUAGUUAGGGUGUAGAUCUCAGUAACUCAAAUCAGUGCUGUGCGUUUCACAUGUUAGUCUAAUAUUAUUUUAUAUAGCACCAACAAAUUCCACAGCGCUGUACAAUGCCUGAUCUAGACAAUGCAAAGGCCUUUUAGUCAUUCACUUGAGUCAGGUUCUGAUUUGUUUAUUAAUUUAUUGGUGGAGGGAAAGGGUAGGGUGACAUAGAAAAAGAGCAUUUGCUAUGGUUUUAUGAAUUGGGGCACAUGGCUGGAUAUAUAUGCAGGAUCCCAUUGGAGUUUCCACUGGAAGUGCAGAGCUGGAGGUCAGAAGUGAAAGACCCCUGCUAUACAGAGAGAGAAAGGCCUGCUUGAUCCAAUGCUUAGAGGAGUGCUGGUGCGUCCUGAAAGAACAUUCCAGCAGACAGCUGUAGAAGCCCAGUAUACAGAGCUUUUUGAAGCAGAGAUUGAUGUGAACAGAGAGGUAUUCUUAGCAGCAGUUAAAGGUGGAGGUGUUUCCCUACCUGAACUGAUCUGAUUUCAGACUGUGAAGUGUUAAGCUUAAAACCUCUCCCAUUGUUUCACAACAGGGCACCCUAAACUGCUUACACCAUUCAAAGACCUUGAUCCCCAGUUUUAUUUACCUGGGGAAGAUUUUGGUAUAUCGCAAGCUACAUUGUGGAUUACAAUAAUUAUGAACCCAAAUUAUGUGCAUCAACUAAUGGUACCCGACUGCCUCUAGGGUGAACCGCAGUAUCGAUUGUGGGUGAAUGAAGUUCAUUGUCUAUUGCAUUAUUAUUUGACUGCAUUUAUUCCUUUUAUAUUCUUGCAUGGUGUUUUACUGUGCAAUACUGAGUUAUAUUUGUGAUGGCUCUGUGUCAGUUUUUAUUUCUUAGCGGGACCUCGCAUCCAUACCCUGGAUGCCCUGCUGGGUUGGAGGCACUGCCAUGUACCCCAACUCCCAGGAAGCGUAGACUCCGGAUUGCCCUGCAGAGCACAAGGAGGUAACUGUGGUAAAGGACUACAGGGGUAUAGGUGGGCCUACGCAAAACCACAUGUAUAAUGAUUUAGGCUACCUGUGUACAUUUAGAAUAUUGUAAUGGAAUUUGUGACAGACCCAUCUGUCUGGAUUAUAACUGCGUUGUUCGUCUGUUUUGCCGUUUUCAUGAAUUUCCCCGUUCGUAUGCUUUGUUUAAGGGAAUGUCGGUUUUGUCGAACGGAACUACCGAACGGACGGCCACCCAGAAGAGAAGUGUGCUGCUGGUUAACCUAUUGAUCCCAAUUAGAACGUUGCGGUUAACCACAGACACUUCUCAAUUAAAAACCGAAUGCCGGGUGGUCGUCGUUCGUAUGUCGACCACGAGGCGGCGGCCAUUUUGUCCAUGCGAACGACCAGCGGUGUUCAACGAUUAUUUCAUGGAUCGGAAAACGGACACUUUUUCAGCCGAACACCGCUGAAGCCGUCGACCUCCCCUUCUCAAUCGACAAAAGCAUGCGAAUGACAGCCGUUCGGGAGAUUCAACCACACGAAUGGACUUAACCCAGAUAGCCGUCCCAUGGAGUCAAUCGCAUACCGAAGAACUGAAAGAGACUUUGACUCCAUGGCGAUUGAACUGUGCGAAUGGGAUCUGAGCGCUAUUCUCCAAUAAUGUGCCCUCAGAUCCAGGCUAUCUGGGGAUAUGCAAGACUGAUGUAAAAUGUUCAGCAGUUAUUAAGUUAUGGAUUUUUGUGUGUUUUUGUAACUUGUAUCUAAAAUGGCGAUUGCCUCUGCUCGGGGAGAUAAUUGAAUUACUUCCCAAUUAUCCCCCGAGCAGAGGGGAGGGAACUGUACUGCAUGCUGGGAAUAUUGUGGGGAUGUAUGUCCAGAAUGUCCCCAUGUCCCUCUGUGAUUUCAGUCUCCCAUUUGGUCCCCUAGGGGAGUGUCCACCAAGUGGGAGACCUGCAUAAAUACCGGGCAGGUAGCCCACAGUAAACCAGUUCGUGUUUUACCCUCAAAGCGGAGCUUGGUCUCGUUAUUGGGGGGAUUUGGAUACCAGCGGCGAGAGACUGCUUACUUGGAUUAUUUGCCGCUUGGGAGAUAUUGUCGUUCGGUUAUUAAUUGCCGUUCGUGGAUUUGCGGCUUGCGAAGGGAAUUAGCCGUACAGGUACCGUUCGGGAGUUUGGAGUGUUCCCUGACUGGCGGUUCGCCUGGUUUUAUUAUACCCGCUACCCGACCACAUUAUUGCGAACGGGGAAUACUCGCUAAACGGCGGUUUGUACAUUUCGUUCCUGGAGGUACCGUAACAGAAUUGAAUUGUAAAUUGGUGAUAUUCUCACUGUCACCAUUGUAUUCACACUAAAGAUAGUUAUAUAUGUAGUAAUAUUUAAAAAAAACUUCAAACCGUCAGGUUCAGGCUUUCAUAUAUCUGUAUCACUGCUGCUGCUUUGAAAGAUGGCUGAAUAUCCAUUGUUUUAGCUAAAAAGAAAAUCAUCCAAAUGUGUUAUGCAGGUUUGAUUAAACAACCAUCUAAAGGAACAUGAUAGCAUUAGGAAUACAAAUCUAUAUUUGAACACUAUAGUGUUCCUGUCCCUACUGGUAAGCCGGUCACACAAACCCCAGGUGCAAAAGCUUUAAAAUAAAGUUUUACUCUCCCCCUCAGGUGCCAUCCCCAGGCAAUGUCCAAUCCAAUGCUUCUCAUAGAGCACUGCAUUUGCCUUCAAACUUUCCUAUAGGAAAGCAUCAAAUCAUUCCGCAUCAUGCGAUCAAGUUUUACUCGGUCUGUUCCACAGAAGCGCCUCUAGUGGCUGCCAGUAUGACCGCCACCAGAGGAGAACUUAAAGAGUCACCAAAGCAAGUUUAGCUUAUUGAAGCAGUUUUGGUGUACAGAUCAUUUCCCUGCAAUGUCACUUCUCAAUUCUCUGCCAUUUCAGGAGUUAAAUCACUUUAUUUAUGCACCCUAGUUGCACCUCCCUGCAUGUGACUUGCACAGCCUUCCUAAACACUUCCUGUAAGGGGGUAGCUAACGUUUACACUUCCUUCAUUGCAAAUUCUAUUUAAUGUAAAAUUUUAUUAUCCCCUGCACUGUUGAUAGCUUGCUAGACCCCACAGACGCAUUCUGUGUAUGAUUAAAGUUCACUUUAGAGAGCAGGCAAUAAUAUUUUUUAAAGUAAGUUACAUCUAAUUGAAAGUGAAACCAUUUUUUUAAUUUUAUUUUUUCCAUGCAUGGUGUGUGUCACAGCCAGGGGAGGUGUGACUAGGACUGCAUGGACAAAAACAAAAGGGAUUUAACUCCUAAAUUGCAGAGAUUUGGACACUGAGACUGCAGGUUCAUGAUCUAUACACAAAAACUGCUUCUUUAAGCCAUUGUUUCAUGACUAUAAUGUCCCUUUAACUGUGCAAUAGGAGAGUCAUUUAAGCUUAAACAGAGUUUAACUUGAUUGUAGCUUCAGAAGCUUUUCUAGUGGCUUUCUUCCGGACAGCCUCUAGAGAUGUGAUAACUGCGAUAUAAACAUUGCCAUUCCUGCAAAGUGACAACAUUUUCAGUUGCAGGGUAAAUAUGAUAGGGGCGUGGUACCCAGAACACUUCAUUGAGAUGCAAUGGACUGGGUAACUAUAGUCUUUUUAAGGAUGAUUUGCUAACUAACCUGUACUGCAUCUGGCAAAAGGAAGAUGUAUCCCCUGAGGUAAGCCUAGCCUGAUUCAGGGCUUUGCUCACUGAAUGCUAAGCUGACACUCCGACACCAAAAAGAGCAGCUCUGCUUAGCUCAAGGGAGAAUCAGAAAGCAGAGUUGAAGCUUUGAGUGCCUGGUGGACCCCAGGUAAAUUGUCACUAUCCACUAUACACACACUGCAUCCCUUACCCACAUUGGCAGAACUAAAGUAGAGCGGUCACUGGUGUAAUAUUUAUUUGCCCCCCUCUGACAAGGAUGGGGGGGGGAGGUAGAUCCACACCUAUCAAUCAACUCUAGGGUUGCUACCUUUUUUGAAAAAAAAUACUGGCCAUACUAAUUUGCAUAUCCAUUAUGACUGCGUGACAUCACAAUAUGUAAAUUACAAGGAGUGACAUAACAGAAAAAUAAAAUCACCAAAAAAACUACUUAGUUUGAUUCUGCUUUAAGAGUGAUUGCUCCCACUGUCUCCCUGUCUCACAGCGCAGUGUCUUUAAGUCUCCUAGUGUCUGUGUCCUCAUGUCUCCCUUAGUGUUUCAGUGUCUCUAGGUGUCUCAGUGUCCCUGGGAACACUGGGAGACAUGGGGACACUAUGUAUUGUCCCCUAGUGUCUUUCUCUUAGUGUAUCAGUGUCCCCCUGUCCCCUAGUGUCUCAGUGUGCCCUAGUGUCUCAAAGACAUGGGGACACUGGGGUACACUGGGAUACACAGGGACACUAUGAACCCUAGGGUUUCCUAGUGUCCCCAUGUCUCACAGUGUCCUAUUGUAUCUCAGUAUCCCCAAGUGCAGGGGUAGGCAACAUUUUGCACUCCAUAUGUUGAGGACUACAUCUCCUAUAAUGCUCUUACAGCCAUAAUAUUGACAGAGUAACAUGGGAGAUGUAGUCCAAAACAUCUGGAGUGUCGAAGGUUGUUGACCCCUGCCCGUGUCUCCCAGGAUCCCCCAGUAUCCCUAUGUAUGUGUGUCCUAGUGUCUCUGUAUCUCCCAGGAUCCCCCAAUGUCCCUAUGUCUCCCAUAGUGACUCUGUGUCUCCCAGGAUCCCUCUGUGUUACCAUGUCUCCCCUAGUACUGCUGUGUCCACAUAUCUCCCCAUGUGUCUGUGUCCCCCCUAGUGUCACUUUGUGUCUGUGUCUCCUAGUGUCCCCAUGUCUCUCCUAGUGUCUACGUGUCCUCAUGUCUCUGUGUCUCCCAGGAUCCCCCCGUGUUCCCGUGUCUGUUUCUCCCAGGAUCCCCCAGUGUCUCCCAGGAUCCCUCAGUAUCCCUAUGUCUCCCAUAGUGUCUAUGUGUCCCCCAGUGUCUCCAUAUCGCCCCUAUGUCUCUGUGUCUCCCAGCAUCCCUCUGUGUUACCAUGUCUCUGUAUGCCCUAGUGUCCCCAUAUCUCCCCUAGUGUCUCAGUGUCCCCAUGUGUUUGUGUCUCCUAGUGUCACCAUGUCUAUUCUGACCCCCCGUGUUACCUGUUACAGACUGCCCUUCCAGUUGUCUCCCCCCAUGCCUCAAUUACCUGAGCUGUUGGCUGGACUCUCUUUGAGAGCUGCUCACCCGCGGAUCAGUGAGUAGAGAGAGGCAGGGAGAUGCUGUAACUUCCUAUGCCUGUCUCUCUCCACACACACACUGCGCCAGCGCCGGUAUUGCAAUCUAAUCGCCGUUUAUACUAAGAAAAAUCCCGGCAUUUGUAUUGCCGGUAUGACUGCAAUACCGGCCCGGUGGCCUCAAAUACCGGCUCUGCCAGUAUAAUACAGUCCAGGUGGCAACCCUAUAAUCAACUCCCACAAUGCUUUGCCCGCUGAGGAUCUACCAUUUGCCCAUUGUUGCAGGGUUGUAUUUAGUUGUGUAUUCUCACACAUGUACAAAACUGAGGUCUAUGGAAGUUCCUGCAAGACAUUCCAUAGACCGUGCUUUUUCCCCUACAGCCAUCAGAAAUUCACAAAUACAGUCAAAGUAUUUCAUAAAUAUUUUAUCUUCUUUUCCAGGGAAUGACAGAGCCGCUUUAAUUCUGUAGACUGCCUUUGCACUUUUUAUAUUAAAAUAACACAUAAGUGUUAGGAAUACAAACCUGUAUUGCUAAGGAAUAUUUUAAAGGUUUUAUACCAGAACCACUAUAUACAAUAAGGGUUUUGAUAGGGUCAUCUAGGCAAGGUAACAAAGGAAGAAACCCUAUAUUAAGCAUCAAAUACUCCAAACAAAAAACAAUACUUCCUCUAAGGAAAGCAGAAGUGUAUAACCCUCUUAGAGGCAGUAUUGGUUUUCUGUGUUGCUAAGGCUAUAGGUUCUUAAUCCCUCUCCUCCACCCCCAUUUGCCAUUAAAAUUAAUAAUAUGCAGGAAUUACUUAACUUUUUACCUCUCUGCCCUCGCAACAUCAUGGAGGAGGACUGGCCUCCUCCAUCAUCUGCCCAUUUCAAUGCUCUUCAUGCAUGGUGAACGCUCUGUGCGCAUCCAAGCUUCCCAUAGGAAAGCAUUGAGUCAGUUUCCUAUGGGGGCUUCCGUGUCACAUGGCUUGAGUUUUACCUGAUCACUUCUGUGGAAGCGCCUCUAAUAGAUGUCAGGAAGACCGACACGAGAGAUGUGUUUAAUUGCUAUUUCUGGAUGGAUUUAGUGUUCCUUUAAAACAUCCUCUACAAUCAUUAUAUGAAUAUGAAUAAAGCACAUGAUACAAACCGACUAUGGUUUUAAUGAAACUUCUAUAAUUAUCGUAGUUUGCUAGUGGAUGAAUGCAACCAUCAGACACAGUGAGGGAGAGUUAAGAGAGAGGAUCAAAUGUAUUUAUUUGAAUAAAUUUAUCAAAAUUUCAGAGUAGAUUCCAGCACCUGUAAGGCUGGAUAAAGUUGCAUUAAUAAUACAUUAGCAGUAAGUUAGUGCUGGUCCUAAACUUGAAGAACUACAACUCCCUUGGUGCUUUGCCAAACUUUAGGCUGAGAAAGCAAUGUGGUCAUUGUACUUCUACAACAGCAGUAAGUCUACUUGUUGUACGUCUUUUGCAUCUCUCUGGUGUUUUUUUUUUGUUUGUUUGUUUUUUAAACAUAAUGCAAAAUUUCAACAAAGUUUGUUUUACCUGUUAUUUGUUGUUGAUUUUUAUUUUUAUUUUUUUUAACAGAUGAUGGAAAGCUCAAAUCAAGUGCAAAACAGAGUGCUGUCUGAGAAGGACUGGAUAGACAAUUGGGAAAAGAGGAAAAUUGGAUUUCAUGAAGCGGAUGUUCAUAAGUGAGGUUUUAAAAUUCAUUUAAUGUACUCUUUAUCUUGUACAUCAAUUAGAGCUUAUAAUAAUAUGUGACCUGUGUCUUUUUAUUUUAAAGAUUGCUUAUUGAGUUUCUAGAUGACAUGGUGAAUAACAGAAAACAAAUUAAGAUUUUUUUUCCUCUUUGUGGAAAAGCAGUGGACAUGAAUUGGUGAGUUAAUAUAUUUAUUUAUUUAUUUUAUUUUUUUCAAAAAAGUUCAGAUAUCUUAUUAUGUUGUAAUCGGUUUGUGUAAUAUGCAUGCAUAUUAAAUUUAAAGUAACCCCUACCUCCCCCAAUGCAUUGAAUACAUCAUCUAUCACAGAGAUACAUGUUGUAUUCAUUGUAAAAUAUAUAAAACUCACUUCAUGGGAUGUUACUCUCCUGUAACACACACCUGCAGUCCACCUGUUCUCUUGUUUCAUUUGUCUUGCUUGUAGACACUUUCCUAUGCAGGCAAAUCUCCAUUGGUUUGAAACUCCUUGCUGCUGGUUAGGGCAUGAAAGGAGACGUUUGGCCUUUACUUUAGGGGGCAAUAUGACAUACCUAAAACCCAUUGGUGGAGGGGUGAACAAUAGCAUGUUGACCCUCUCUCCCUCCAUUGAUUAUUAAAUAGGCCCCAUGGGUUAUGGCAAGGGGGCACAGUUAAUUAAUAUAUUAAGUCAUCACCCACCACACAUGUGGGGCUGGGUGUGAUAUUAAACCCCCUACGUUGGGAGCAAGGAAGCUUUAGCAAGUUCCCCCCAUGCUGUUUUUAUUUUUUAAACACCUACUGGCCAGUGACACCCUGUGCAUGGGCAGCAAUAACUUCAUUUUUAAUUAAUAGUUGAUAGGUUUUAGUUGCAUUGACCAUAGUAAAUAUGAGAUUAUAUUGCCAUUCUGGUUGGAAUUCAGCCAUUUUCACAGAUGUUUGUCCAUCUGGACUUAUCCUUUUGAAACAUUCAAGUAAAACGAGUGGAUCAGACUAAGCGACUACGCUGCUUCAGACAACAAGUGUUUGAAAAGUUGAACAGGCAUGAACAGAUGGUAGGGAUGAUGACAAUAACGCUGUCCAGUUUUUGUUGGGGGAAAAAACUUGAAUAUUUUUAGAGGUGAAUAUUUUUUAUUACUACGCAAGUGCAAAUUUAUGCAUUCUUCUUAUGUAAUCCAAAAAGAGAUAAAUUCCGAUCCUUCUUAAAGUAUCCUUUUAAAAAAAUAUAUAUAUUUUUCCCAUGUGUAGUGAUCCUUCUAUUAGGAAACAUACAUUUUACUGUUCUAAAAUGAAGUUAUGGCAGCACUAAAGAACAUAUUUGCAAUACAUCUUCUAAUUCUCUUGCUCAUGUUUCAGGUUAGCUAAAAUGGGGCAUACAAUUGUUGGAGUUGAUGUCAGUGAACUGGGAUUAAAGGAAUUUUUUGAAGAGAGUAAUAUUCCUUACGUUGAAGAAGCAGUUCCUGGGAUUUCUGGAGCAAAAGUGUUUAAGGUUUUAAUAUUGCUUUGAUGUUAUUUGUCUUAUGAUAAUGUACUCUUAGGGCCAGGGGAAUACAGAGUAACCCUAAACCUCUGUUUUUAAAUUUAGUUUCAUUGCAUCAAAAUAGUGCUGAGAGCUGUAAAAUAGUGUGUGUGUGUGUGUAAUAUAUAUAUAUAUAUAUAUAUAUAUAUAUAUAUAUAUAUAUAUAUAUAUAUAUGUAUGUAUAUAUAUAUAUAUAUAGAUGUAAAAAACAGAUAAAAUUCUUAUCUUGUAAUACCUUUUUUAUUGGACUAACAGAAUUUUUUAAUGACAAGCUUUCGGGAGAACCUCCCUUUCUCAAGUCUGAAGCAUUUCUGAGCAAAACGACACAUAGAAUUCAAAGUUAAGUUGUGAUACAGUCUUGAACAGAGAUUCCUAGAUAACCAACACACCAAACCAUACAAAUAUUAUCGCUACAUCGAUGAUAUCUUCAUAAUUUGGACUGAAAGCAAAGAAAAACUGAUACAGUUCCAUGACUCUUUCAACACAUUCCAUCCAUCAAUCAAACUAAAAAUGGAAUAUUCCACUAGAUCUGUGAAUUUUCUGGACACAACUGUGACAUGUAAUAAUGGCACAAUCCACACCUCGGUUUACAGAAAACCCACAGACAGGUGCAGUUACUUACACAGCUCCAGCUUCCACCCCUCUCAUACUAAACAGGGCAUCAUUUACAGCCAAGCCACUAGGUACCAUCGCAUAUGCUCUGAUCCUAAUGACCGUAAUUCCCAUCUAAAUGUACUCUCCCAAUCUAUGAGACAGAAAGGCUACAAACCAAAGACUAUUACCAAACAAAUCAACUCUGCUGUAAAAACGCCACGUACGCGCCUGCUACAAUACAGAGAGAAAAAAAUAUGCACACGAGUGCCACUUGUGGUCACCUACAACCCUGCUCUUGAGGAAAUACGGAAAAUCAUCAAAGACCUACAACCAAUAUUAACAGAAGAUGAGACUCUGAAAAACAUUUUCCCUGAAACACCCAUUUUGGCCUUCAGACAACCACCAAACCUCCAACAAAAAUUAAUCAACAGGAGGCUGCCCACUGAUGGUAAGAACGAAGAAAACGGGACCAGUCAAUGCAAAAAACCUCGCUGCAAACUGUGUCAGCACAUAUGCACAGACAACACAGCCACACACAACAAUAAAACCUACAGCAUUAAAGGUUCAUACUCCUGCACAUCCAGCAAUGUGGUAUACAUGAUUCAAUGCAUAAAAUGCCACCUAGGAUGCUACAUUGGGGAAACCACCCAGCCAUUAAAUGGCAGAAUGAAUAUGCACAGACACUCUAUUAAACACCACAAAGAAGAAUCAUACUGCACUCCUGUGGGACACCACUUUACCCAACCUGGCCACUCACUGAAGGACCUAAAAAUCAAAGUACUGAAAGGGGGUUUUAAAAAUACCCAGGAAAGAAAAGCCUUUGAAGCCAGAAUGAUUAAAUGGUUUAACAGCAAGAAGAGAGGACUAAAUAUUGAUUUGGGAUUCCUGUCCCACUACCAACACUUUACAUGAACACUCUCCCAGCAUUAUCUUACUGUUCUGUCAUAUGUACCAACACUUUAAAAUGCAUUCCUAUAUGUUUAUUCUAUCUAUAUACAAAGUACUAUGUGUAGACCUAUGCUUUCCCAUACUCGUAUGCAUGAAUGCUUAUAUAUAUUACUGUGCAUUUAUAUUUGUGUAUAUGAGUCCAUGUGCAUGUAUGUAUAUGUGUUUAUGUAUAUAUACAUAUGUUUAUGCGUUCACAUAUACAUAUUUCUGUGUGUGUGCAUGUAUAAAGUGUAUCAUCCUGUGCACUGUCUGCUUGUUUGUUUUUCUUUUCCCUCUCUCCCCCCUACUCUUCUCUUCAACAAGAUAUUUAUGACCCUCUGCUAAGAUGGUGUCUAUUUUCUAACAAACCUGUGUCUUAUCUACACUCAUGUCGCUUUAACCCCUGUAUCACAACUCAACUUUGAAUUCUAUGUGUCGUUUUGCUCAGAAAUGCUUCAGACUUGAGAAAGGGAGGUUCUCCCGAAAGCUUGUCAUUAAAAAAUUCUGUUAGUCCAAUAAAAAAGGUAUUACAAGAUAAGAAUUUUAUCUGUUUUUUACAUCUACAUCACUGGACUAAUACGGCUACAAUCUCUACUUAUAUAUAUAUAGCAUUAUUUUACAUCUGCGAUAUGUAAGCUUAAUGAGGUGGGGUAUGCACUAACAGCAUUGUCACAGACCCUUAUUUUCACAUGUAAUAAGUAAAGACCACCUACAACACUAUUCCUAAGAUCUGACUUGUAGCAUAUUAAAAUUCAAAUUGCAAAAUGGAAGCUAAAAUAGCUGGAAGUAUUUUCCAACUGUCACUUUAUUAUAAUUUUUUUUUUUUAGAUUCAUAUUUACUUUUAAGGUUUUAAUUUGCUACAUUUUAGAGUUUAACAGACAGAUUAAUCUGUUAUUUAUUACAUGCUAAUUAAAGGGACGCUAUAAUGUUAUACAAAUGUGUUCUCCUAACGCUAUAGUGUCCUAGUCACUGUUUAGGUGACCGGGUCCUCGCUGCCAGGAUAAAAAGGUGAGUUUCUAGAAUCAGAACACAAAAUGCAAAGUGUAAUGUCAGCUUCUAUAAACUUAUUCCCCUCACCUUUACCGCCUCAGGAAUUUAUCUAUUCAUAUCUCCGCACUACCUAAAUUUGCACACUCCAUCAAGUAGGUGGGUUGUUUUCCGCCGCUGGCUGCCCAGAAAAUACAUAUGGUUAAUUACUGGGAGACUGGUCCCCCACCAUAUGGGUACACUUAGGUCUUUGAUUUUAUUUUGUACUUUUGUACACUUCUGUACAUUUGUAUACACUUCAUCAAAUAGAAGUGUACGGACAGAGGUUAGCUUCUGCCCCAGCUGCUACUGGAGGAAACACAUCUGGCUAAUUACAAAGUCACUUCAAUACCAUGUAUUGACCCUGUAUAUUUUUGUAUAGGACAAUCACAUCUCCUCUUUGUUCUAAAAUAAACAAUUUAAAUUUCUUAGCUUUUCUUCGUAUCUAACUUUUCCAUUUCCCUUAUUAAUGUUGUAGCCUUUCUGUGCACUAUUUAAGAAUAUCUUUUUUUUUUUUUUUUUUUUAAACUGGUGCCCAAAAUUAUGCCACGUAUUUAAGAUGGGGUCUUACCGUGGCUUUAUGAAGCACCAAAAUAAUAAUUUAAUUGUGUCAACUUAUACCCUUUUUUUUUUUUUUUUAAUACCCUUUUACCCUGGGUCUCCAUUAAAUUCAGACAUUGCACUUGUUUGCGCGUAGUGUUAAAAGCUUUGCACCAUUUUCGAUGAUCUAAGACACAGUUAAGCUCUAUUUCCCAUUUUUUUUCUUCUGGGGAAGAUUAUCUGAAUAGUUUAUCAUUCUAAUCACAUCUAUGGCUUUCGCUAAGACCUUUGGGACUACCUCAUUUGAAAAAAUAUAUUCUAAUGACUUUGAGACAUUUUUCAUUGGUUGAGUCAGAUGUUUUUGUAGGAAAUAUUUAACUCUGAGGUAUGGAAAGAUUUCAGAGUUAGGUAAUUGAAAUUGUUGAACUAGGGUUUCAAAGGGCAUCAGUUUAUCUUAAUACAAUAAUUGGGAUACCUUAUAGAUGCCCCUCUCUCUCCAUCUAGAUAAAGAUAUAUCAGUUAUGCUUGAUUCAAUACAGAAAGCUUUAGGAAGUCUAAGACAGCAUGUUUAAUCCCUAUUUUUCUUUUAAUCUCUUCCCAGACUGGAAUCACUUGCUCCAGUAUUUUAUUGUUUUUAAUAGGAACUCCCAUUUUUAAAAAUUUUUAGUAUUCCAAAUCAGACAAGAACUGUUUGUAGCUGAGUUUAUAUAUAUAUAUAUAUAUAUAUAUAUAUAUAUAUAUAUAUAUAUAUAUAUAUAUAUAUAUAUAUAUUGUAACAAACCACCUCUUUUACAGGUAGGAUUGUCACCGAUCUUGCAGUAACCACAGCCUUCUAGGGUAUACAAAGUCCAGGACACCUUCAGCUUAGUUUUCCUUUUUAUUCAGUAAGAAAGCAGGUACUUUAAAUAAUAACAAAAACAAACAAAAUCCCUUGCUCUUACUUGAGCUCUUACUAGACAGUAAUUGCUAUCUGCAAUUGGGUGGCUUUCCCACUUACCAAUUUUCCAAACAAAAGCAAUGUCUUUGCAAUAAACACAAUCUCUCCUAGCUGUCUUUUUCUCCCUCACUCUGCAGCAGGCUGCUCUCUUCUUUUAAAGGCCUGUCUACUAAUUGAGUAGCUACAGGUGAGUGCCAAUUAGUUAACUCUUAAAAUCAGAUCCAAGCUGUGGUCUGUUAUACAGCAACUAGUGCUGUUGGAGCAUUGGCCCACCCUGCUCUCCAAAUACUCCGCCCCAGGGACCCAUACCAUGUUUUGCAGAGCAUCAGCUAUGCAUAUUGCAAACUUUAACAUCUCUCCCUGGGGCAUUUAACUGAAAAUCCUCUGGUUGCUGUUUAGCAAAUCAGGUCUGAUGUAUCUCCCAUCAACCACUAUUCCACCUUUACGCUCACAUAUCCUCCCCCCCAGCUCAUACCCAUGGGUUUGAGCGACCAUGGAAAUCAGGGAGUGUACCCUCGAAAGCCCAUCAGCAUUACCUUGUUGCAGACCAGCCCUGUGUUCCACAGUGAAAUUAAAAGAUUGCAAACUCAAAAACCAUCUGGUUACUCUGGAGUUACUUUCCCUGUUCUGAUACAUCCACGUCAGAGGAGCAUGGUCCGUUAUCAAUCGGAACUUUCUGCCUAGUAGGUAGUAUUUAAGAGAGUCUAAUGCCCACUUAAUAGCAAGACACUCUUUUUCAACAAUAGAGUAGUUCUUCUCAUGUAGGUUUAACUUUCUGCUCAAAAAGAAAACAGGGUGUUCUUCACCCUGGUAUUCCUGUGAAAGAACAGCCCCCAAGCCCACAUCAGAAGCAUCUGUCUGAACUAUAAAAUCCCUGGAAAAAUCUGGGGUCACCAAGACAGGAUGGCUACAGAUAGCUUCCUUCAGACUCUUAAAAGCCUUUUCUGCCUCAGGGCACCAUUUAACUAUGACUGGGGAUUUUGCUUUAAUAAGGUCUGUUAGGGGUGCAGCAAUGGUAGCAAAAUCUGGAAUGAACCGCCUAUAAUAUCCAAUUAAACCCAAAAAUGCCUUUACUUGUUUCUUUGUAAGGGGCUGUGGCCAUUUUUGUAUGGCUUCUACUUUGGCUUCCUGUGGUUUAACCAAACCCCUCCCAAUAGAAUAACCUAAGUACUUAGCUUCCUCUAAACCAAUCGUACACUUGGAAGGAUUGGCAGUUAAGCCUGCUGAGCGGAUAGCAUCAAGUACCGCUUGAACUUUAGGGAGGUGGGAUUCCCAGUCUGCACUGUGGAUGACGACAUCAUCCAAGUAUGCUGCAGCAUAACGAACAUGAGGUUUAAGAAUUCUGUCCAUCAUUCGUUGGAAUGUGGCAGGUGCCCCAUGUAACCCAAAUGGCAAUACAGUGUACUGAAACAGGCCACUGGGUGUUGAAAAGGCUGUCUUUUCUUUGGCUCUUUCAGUGAGCGGGACCUGCCAGUAACCCUUUGUUAAAUCCAAGGUUGUUAGAUAACGAGCUUUGCCCAGUCUUUCUAUUAACUCAUCAACUCUUGGCAUUGGGUAAGCAUCAAAUUUUGAGAUGGCGUUUAACUUGCGGUAGUCAUUGCAGAACCUCCAUGUGCCAUCAGGUUUUGGCACCAAUACAAUAGGACUACUCCAGUUACUCUGGGAUUCUUCAAUGACUCCAAGUUUUAACAUGCUCUCAACCUCUAAGUUUAUAACCUCCCUCCGGGCCUCAGGAAUUCUAUAGGGUUUGAGGUUAACUCUUUUCCCUGGUUCGGUUAUUAUGUCAUGUUUAAUCACUUUAGUCUUUCCUGGAACUACCGAGAAAACAUCCCUAUUUCUUCUGAUGAAAUCUCUGACCUCUUGCUUUUGAUGUACAGACAGAGUCUCAGAUACGUUCACCUCUGGCUCUACUAUAGGAGGUUCUGAAGGUUUUAAAGCAACCAGGACCUCCCUGUCCUUCCAUGGCUUUAACAGAUUUAUAUGAUACAACUGUUCAGGCUUUCUUCUUCCUGGUUGUCUGACUUUAUAAUUGACAUCACUCACUUUCUCUAUUAUUUCAUAGGGUCCAUGCCAAGUCGCAAGGAACUUAUUCUCCACAGUAGGGACCAGAACCAAUACCCUGUCUCCAGGUUGGAACACUCUGACUCUAGCAUUACGGUUAUAGCUGUUUUUCUGAGCCUGCUGGGCUUCCAGCAUGUGUUCCCUGACAAUAGGCAUGAUGGUGGCCAUUCUAUCCUGCAUUUGAGCUAUAUGCUCAAUUACACUCCUGUGAGGAGUAGUCUCCUGUUCCCAGGUCUCCUUAGCAAUAUCCAAUAUUCCCCUGGGAUGUCUUCCAUAUAAUAAUUCAAAAGGAGAGAAGCCCGUGGAGGCCUGUGGAACUUCCCUAAUGGAAAACAGUAGAUAUGGCAAUAAAAAAUCCCAAUUUCUUCCAUCUGCAUCAAUUACCUUGCGUAGCAUACUCUUAAGGGUUUUGUUGAACCUCUCUACUAAACCAUCAGUCUGUGGGUGAUAUACUGAGGUCUUAAGAUGUUUAACCUGCAAGAGCCUUCACAACUCUUUUGUGACUCUGGACAUGAACGGGGUCCCCUGGUCUGUCAGUAUUUCUUUGGGGAUACCCACCCUACUGAACAUCAACAUAAGUUCCUUAGCUAUUAACUUUGCAGAGGUAUUACGCAAGGGAAUGGCCUCAGGGUAGCGAGUUGCAUAGUCCAAGAUGACUAAUAUAUAUUGGUGUCCCCUAGCGGACUUUACCAGUGGCCCCACUAAGUCCAUAGCGAUCCUUUCAAAAGGCACAUCAAUUAUGGGUAAGGGUACAAGUGGACUACGAAAAGUCUUGAAAGGAGCCCUGUACUGGCACUCAGGACAUGAGGAGCAAUAGUUUGUAAUAGCAGCAAACACUCCAGGCCAGUAAAACCUUCUAAGGACUCUCUCUCUAGUUUUUUCGACUCCCAAGUGUCCCCCUAAUAUGUGGCUGUGAGCCAACUUUAGCACUAUAUUCUGGUAAGUCUGAGGAACCAACAGCUGCUUAAUGAUGUCUGAAUCCUUUUUUUCUACACAGUAAAUUAGGUCAUUUUGUACUUCAAAAUAGGGGAACGGCAGUGCUUCUCCUGGCUGAUUAGCAACCCCGUUUACAACUUUAAUAUCAUUUCUAGCUGUCACUAAAGUGGGAUCUUCCCACUGAGCGCUUUUAAAGUUACCUGGACUAAUUCCAAUAUCAAUUAAGUCCUUAUCCUUGUCUGCAGUAUUAGUAGGCUCCUCACUAGUUUGAGCUGGGUUAUCUCCUAUUAAUACUGGUUUAGGGCAGUAUUUUUUCUUUUUUCUUAUUUUUCCGUCACAGUGGUCAAAACCCAAGUCAAUAUCGGAAAAAGGGAACACAUUAUCCUCGACAGACUGACUCAUUUCUGAUAAAUUUUGGUCUGUCUUUUGUAAAGCUGCCCAUAAUUUUAGAAAAUGAGGAAAGUCUCUACCGAUCACUACCUCAUGGGCUAAUCUAGGUACUACACCCACUCGGUACUUUAAAUCCCCAUACUGGGUUCCAAUAUUUACUUCCGCAGUGGGGUAUUCCUUUUUAUCACCAUGAACACAGAUAAUGCCUAUUUUCUGUACAUGAUCAGGUUUUACACAAGGUAUUAUAGACUCUGCUACCAACGUAACCAUACUACCUGAAUCAAGUAAUGCUUUAGACAUUUUUCCAUUCACAGUUACACAGCAUUUAUGAGCGUUAUUAUCAUAGUCAUUGUUAACAGUACCAUAACAACUGAGCAAAAAUGAACGUGUUCCCUCAUCUUUGCCCAUAUUGCAUUCCAUAGGUUCAUCCUUAAAUGGACAGUCUUUGGCCAUAUGACCAUCCUCUUUGCACUUGAAACAUUUGACAGUACAAUCUGACCACCAAUUAGUUCCUUUCCCAGGCCUAUUAGACCUGGAUGCCCCCCUGGUGUUUUGUGUAUAGAGCUGCAGUUCUUCAGCUCCCCUUAAACCUUGAACAGUCUUACCAGGUCUUGCAGAAUCUUGGGGCUUAGGAUUGCGAGGGUUUGCCUGUGAAGUAGGACAUAGCAGUUCUCCUGCAGCCACAUAUCUUUCCACCAAGGCAAUCAGUUGGUCAGCUGUAUGGGGGUCACUUUGGCUGACCCAGCGACGCAGGGAAGCUGGUAAACCACGCAAAAACCGGUCCAUUACUAAGGUUUCCACAAUGUGGCUAGCUGAAUGGAUUUCAGGUUGUAACCAUUUCCGUGCAAGGUGUAUGAGGUCAAACAUUUGGGAACGUGCGGCUUUGUCUGAAGAAUAUGACCAUGAGUGGAACCUUUGGGCACGUACUGCAGAGGUUACACCCAGUCGUGCCAAGAUUUCAGCUUUCAAUUUGCUGUAGAUACUUGCAUCGGCUGGUUCUAGGUCAUAAUAUGCCUUCUGCGGCUCUCCACUUAGGAACGGUGCCAGUAUGCUUGCCCACUCACCAGCCGGCCAUCCCUCCCUCUCAGCAGUGCGCUCAAAUGCCAGAAGGUACGCCUCAACAUCAUCUGAUGCGGUCAUUUUCUGAAGAUAGUGGCUCGCCCGAAUCACCUUUGGCCCCUGGUAUCUUCCAUCAGGGUCUCCAUUCAGUUUUUCAGAGAUAGCUUGGAUUUCCUGUUGUAGUCCCUGGGUGACUUUUUGCUGCUCCUCACGGGCUACUUUAAACAUCUCCGCUUGUGUCACAACAAGCUGUUUCACCAAGGACUCAGUGCACUCCAUUUGUGUUUUGGCCAGGACUUUAGCACACUCUGCCUGGGCCAGCACCAGUUGCUGCAGGGCUGCACUGUUUUCUGCAGCUCUCCUGUUAGUCUCCUGUUGCACAGAGGUGGAUUGGAUCAGAGCCUUGAUAACAUCCUCCAUGUUGAGCUUUAAAUGACUUCUACCCUCAGGCUUACGUGGCUGCCCGCAUUCUCCACCAUAUGUAACAAACCACCUCUUUUACAGGUAGGAUUGUCACCGAUCUUGCAGUAACCACAGCCUUCUAGGGUAUACAAAGUCCAGGACACCUUCAGCUCAGUUUUCCUUUUUAUUCAGUAAGAAAGCAGGUACUUUAAAUAAUAACAAAAACAAACAAAAUCCCUUGCUCUUACUUGAGCUCUUACUAGACAGUAAUUGCUAUCUGCAAUUGGGUGGCUUUCCCACUUACCAAUUUUCCAAACAAAAGCAAUGUCUUUGCAAUAAACACAAUCUCUCCUAGCUGUCUUUUUCUCCCUCACUCUGCAGCAGGCUGCUCUCUUCUUUUAAAGGCCUGUCUACUAAUUGAGUAGCUACAGGUGAGUGCCAAUUAGUUAACUCUUAAAAUCAGAUCCAAGCUGUGGUCUGUUAUACAGCAACUAGUGCUGUUGGAGCAUUGGCCCACCCUGCUCUCCAAAUACUCCGCCCCAGGGACCCAUACCAUGUUUUGCAGAGCAUCAGCUAUGCAUAUUGCAAACUUUAACAUCUCUCCCUGGGGCAUUUAACUGAAAAAUCCUCUGGUUGCUGUUUAGCAAAUCAGGUCUGAUGUAUCUCCCAUCAACCACUAUUCCACCUUUACGCUCACAAUAUAUAUAUAUAUAUAUAUAUAUAUAUAUAUAUGUUAUUAUAUUAGCCUAGUAGUAAAAUCUCAUGUAUGGGAAAUUUUAGACCGCAGUCUGUCGGUUUAAGAGAUAAAACUAUUCUAUUUUUUUCCCUCUGCUGAUGAAAGUUUCAAUAUUGUUUUGCAAGAUUGUUAACCAGCUUUCUGGGAUUUUGAGGGGGAUCAUAUGGAAGAGAGAGUUCCAUUUAGGUAUGAUGUAUGAAUUCACAACAUGAAUUUUUCCCCACCAUGAUAUCUCCAGAUGUCUCCACUCUUUGAGUAAUUGAUUUGUUAUUUUCAAAAGACUCAUAAAAUUAACUUCCAUCAGUCUGUCCAGAUAUUUGGUGAUCCAAAUUUCCAAAUAGUUGAAUGUGCUACUUGCCCACAAAAAUCCAUAUUUCCUACUGAUUUCAACCCUUGUGUCAUUAUCUAACCCAGUACUGAUUAAAGUUGUCUUAGCAUUAUUUAGCUUGUAAUUAGCUACCUGACUGUAGUUCUUAAAUUCACCCAUCAGAUAGUCUAAAGAAUUUUUUAGGUCAGUGAUUGUAAGCAGAAUAUCGUCAGUGUACAAUCUGGUUUUUAAUUCAAGGAUCACUAUAGGGUCAGGAACACAAACAUGUAUUCCUGACCCUAUAGUGUUAAAACCACCAUCUAGCUCCAUGCCCCCAUAAACAUAGCAACAUCUUACUGUAUUAGAGCCAGAAGCUGUAGAUCUGCAUGAUGUUUGCCUCAACAACAAAAAAAAACAAGCAGUCUGCUGACAUCAUCAGAAGUGGUUGUCUGAUCCAAUCACAGUGCUUCCCCAUAGGAGUGGCUGAGACUGACAAGGAUGCAGAUCAGGGGCAGAGCCAGCAUGAUUCAAACACAGCCCUGGUCAAUCAGCAUCUCCUCAUAGAGAUGAAUUGAAUCAAUGAAUCUCUAUGAGGAAAGUUCAGUGUCUGCACACAGUGGGAGGAGACACUGAAUGUUUGGAUGCAUUUUAGGCAGCCAUGACCCAGGAAUGAUCUCUAACAACUAUCUGAGGAGUGGCCAGUGAAGUUAUCACUAGGCUGUAAUGUAAACACUGCAUUUUCUCUGAAAAGACAGUGUUUACAGCAAAAGGCCUGACGGUAAUGAUUCUACUCACCAGAACAAAUUCAAUAAGCUGUAGUUGUUCUGGUGACUACAGUGUCCCUUUCACUAUCUCUCGUCAUAACACCCUGUGUUUUCUGAUUAUUUCUAAUAUUCUAAUUUCUAAUAUUCACCGCAAGCGUGUCAAUGGAAAGUACAUACAACAGGUACAGCGGGCAUCCUUGUCUGACGCCAUUAUUUAUUGUAACCCAAUCUGAGCAAACAUUUUGCCCCACCAUUCUAGCAGAGGGAUUUUUAUACAAUGCCAUAAUUGCAUUUAGCAUCGAUCCACUGAUAUUAUAAGAUAAUAAUACCUGUUCAAGGAAUUUCCAGCUUAACCUGUCGAAUGCUUUUUUAGCUUCGAAUGCUAUGGAAAGGAGUGGUAUGUUUUUCUUUUUGGAGCUAUCAAGGAUAUUUAUGACUCUUCUUUUAUUAGAACCUGACCAUCUGCCUGGUAUAAAACCAAUUUGAUCAAUAUGAAUUAAUUUCUUUAUUACGUCUUUGAGGCGUUUUGCUAAAAUGGAUAAAAAUAUUUUGACUUUGGUAUUUAUUAAAGAAAUGGGAUGGUAGCUAGCGAUCUCCAUAUGAUUUUUACCAUGUUCCAAAAUCUAGUUAUUUCAUCGGGGAUGCUGCCUGUCUGAACCGCAUUAUUAAACGUUGGGGUCAAGUGUCUGCUCAGCUGGGAUUUGUAGGUGUGAAAAAAUAAAUUAGUAAAUCCGUCUGGUCCAGGUGUCUUAGACUUUUGCAGUUUGGAAAUAGCAAUUUCUACUUCAUCUACAUUAAUAAGUCUAUUAAGGCUGAUUGAUUGCAACCGAUUGAUCUUUGGAAACUUGGUAUUGAGUAGAUAUUGAUUUAUAGAAUCCAACUGUGUAUCUUCUGGGAGAUUAUAUAAUUUCCCAUAAUAAUGCUUAAAACUGUUUCCAAUGUCCUUAGAAUUUAUAAAUGUUUCGUUGUUAUAAACUAUCUUUGUUAUGCGCGAAUUGGCUAGUUGCUUUCUGAGCUUGUUGGUUAGCAUUUUUAUUGCUUCUACAGUAGAAUUUGAGCUUUUAUUUAUUAAUAUUUUUUAGAAUUCUAUUAUUUAAAAAUUGUGAGAUUUUAUCCUGUAUAUCUAUAAUUUCCCUGGCCUUUUCAGGCGAGGGAUCUGCCUCUUAUUUCUGUGGAUAAAUUAUACAGAGAAAUAUAUAGAUCAGACACCUAUUUAGCUUUAUUUUUAUAGUAAUCAUGGUUCAUUUUAAUUAGAUAACCUCUCAAGACAGCAUUAAACGCACAGUACGUCAUCCAGGAAGAUCUAUCUAAGGGAUCAUUCUCCUUAAAAUAACAAUCAAUUAGUCUUUCUAAUUUAUCUCUAUCUUUAUUAUGCAGCAAAAAAAUCAUUUAAUUUCCACAUAGUUUUACUCUUCAUCGAGAGACUAUCUUUUAUAUCAAAGAGAUAUGUACUAUGGUCUGACCAUGUAUUAUCUACAAUUUUUAUAUUUUUAAGAUUUUCUACUAAAUUCAGGUCACCCCAAACCAUAUCGAUCCUUGAAUAUGUAAAAUAAACGCUAGAGAGGUGUGUAUAGUCCCUUAAUUCUGGAUUAGAAACUCGCCAUGUAUCAAAGAGAUUAUGACUAUUAAGGCAUUGGUUAAUGAUUUAGCAUAUUUUAUUACUUUUUAUUUAUAACACUUCCGUUUAAUAGUUUGUAUCAAGGACACAAUUAAAGUCACCAACGACAAUAUAUAGCCCUGUUUUGACCCUUUUUGGCUUUUUCCAAUAUUUUGUUUUGAAGUGGGACUGGGGAAACAUUAGGGAGGUAAAUAUUAUCUGUAUUUCACCUCAUUAAUCUUGCAAACCAAAAUCAUAAAUUCAUAGAUUUUCCUUCUGGGUCUAAUUCUUGGUAUAGAGUCUCCCAUGUAACUCUUUUUUAGAAAUUAUUAUAGCCACCCCUCUCUUUAAAAAAAAAAAAAAAGACAUCGAAGCAUGGAUAAUAGUUGGAUAUCUCUUGCCUCCCUGGCUUAACUUCUCCCCUUGGCGAUAGUGUGUUACUUGUAGCAUGCAUACAUCUAUCUUCUCUUUCACAAGAUAAUUAAAUACCUGAGAUCUAUAUCUAUAUUCCUUCUUAGCCAUGGAGUCCUAUGCAAUCAGAAUUCUUACACCUUCAAUUUGAAUCUUAGACUCCGUGACCCAUGACAGUGCGUUUUGGCUCUAGAAGAGCAGGAAUCUAAAUCUUAGGUUCAUAUUAGACAAUGACUGGCUGUAAAUCCGAGUACAACUGGACAACUCAAUGGUUUAACUAGAGAUACUGUUUGUUUAAUGGGCAUGGAGCCUGCACAUACAAACACUACUACAGGGUAUGAAAGUCCCUCAUUGGUACAUAGUCCCUUUGGGUCCGAUGAGUAUGUAGGAAUCCUACAAAGAAUUACUAAACUUCCUUUUCAAUCUAGUGUAAGGUUUGUUCACAGUAUAAUGUGUGUAUGCCGGAAAACCUUGCUUGUGUAAUAAAUCUUACAUUGCUCUCUCUGUUUAUUGCAGAGCGUGUCUGGGAAUAUUUCAUUGUAUUGCUGCAAUUUAUUUGAUCUAAAUGAGUAAGUAUUAACUGUGUUUGCAAGUGAAGUGAAUAACUACUGUCCUACUCUCCUACUUUACAAGUCUAUCUGAAGUAGACACAUUAAAAGAACACAUCCUGGUUUGCCGACAUGUUUGGAUCUAAAGCAUUAAGUGUUUAUGAACUGUUUGUUUGUUUUUUUUUGUUUUUUUUUUUGUCUCCCUGCAAUGCCCCUCUCACCUGUUAUGGAAAAUACAAACAAACAAACUCAUAUUUAUUUAUACAGUAAGGUAACAUUCAUGUAAGCAUACACACAUAUUCAUGUAUUCAUAUACAAGUGCUCCAAUUCAUACACUCAUUCAUAUACACUCACAUUUGAUUUGUAUUUGGCUCAUCAUUCCUGGUGUCCUCAAGUUUUCUCGUCUGAUCAGUCUGUGCACUGAUUCCACAGCUUCCUGCAGCUCUGUACAAACACCCAGGCUGGGAUGAGGUUACAUCUUGGCUCCCAGCUUUAGUACAAGGGUGGAGAUGGAGCUGUCCAGUAAGAGCUUAGACUGAUAUCAGCAGCUCCCCCACCACUUGCAAAGUCUGAAUCUGCAGAGCAUGCACUUGCCAAGUGACAGUCACCACUGGUGGGGAGGUACCUGCUCUGGCAACAAGGGGGUGCUCUGUGCCCCCUGUCAUUUGUCACCCCUGGGAACCAAGCAUGGAAAUUUGGAAUCAAACUGUGUAUAUGUAAGUCUUGCAAGUGAAAGAGAUUUACUUGACUGUUGUUAAUGUGUUCGCUGUCCAUGUGCGUUAACUACUGAGUGGGGAAGCUAUCGUUCAGUCACGAGAUCUUAGUUUGGGCUAUCCGUAAUGGGAAAAUAAAGAUAAAACUCAUUGGAUUGAUAAUUAUUUAAAAAAUCUUUAAAGGACGGCUUUCUUACGCCAUAAUACCUACAAUAAGGUGUUUAACGUGCUUUAAGUGUCCCUUUAACUGCGCUGAUUAUUUAUUUUAAAUAAUGAUUUUUUUGUUCCCAGAACAAUUGUGGGCAAGUUUGAUGGAAUCUGGGAUCGAGGUAGCAUGGUAGCCAUGAAUCCGAUUGAUAGAGAACGGUUAGUAAUUUCUGGGGGGGGGGAGGGGGUUUAUAUUGUGAAAUCAUAUCUUAUUUCCAGGCACUAGAGGUAAGGUAACUGUCCGCUUUAUCAAAGAAUCACAACAACUUUUUCACCCCAAAUGAGGUCUUUAUCAAGCUUGAUAAAGACCUCAUUUGGGAUCAAAACGUUUCUGUGAUUGUUCACUAAAUCUGCCGGUUACUUUACCUCGAAUGCCUGGACCAUUUUUCUUUGCUUCUUUUCAUGUUGAGGAUUUGCCAACCUCAGGUCCAGUUUUGAGCACCUUGGAUUAUAACAGAAGUAGUGUCAUUUUCCUCCAAUUGUUUCAACUUUUUUUUUUUUUUUUUUACCAGAUUUAAGCAAACCAGUGAAUAAGCAGGAAUGUGAGACCAAACAAUAUACUAGUUUUCAUUGAUUUUAAUAUUAUUGACAAUAAAUUGAACAUUUAGUCUAAGGAGAUUAACUAUUGUAUUCAAGCAAUAACAUGGCUUUUUAGUUUUUUAUUAAAAACAAAACUCCUGCUUUAAAAAAUAUCUUAAAUGUUUUGGAAAUGACAUUGUUAACUAUUGUACAGCCAUACAUAUCAUAACUGCAAUAAUUGUAAAUUAAUAGUAAUCAACCUCAUUUAAUUGUACAAGUAAACAUAUUUAUCAUAUUUUAUUUAUAAAAUAAAUAGAUUACUGACAAUUCCCUUCCAGGUUUCUUUGGAAAACUACAAGCAUGUAAACAUAUUAUGCACCCAUUAUGGAAGAUACUCUACAUAGUUCUGUUUUUUGUUUUGUUCAUUGAGGAAAAACUCUCAAAAUGAAUUUACAAUAAUACAUUAUGUGCUUGUAAUAUAUCUAAUACAGUCACAUUUGUUGGAUAUUUUUGACUAGAUUAGUUCACAUUAAUGAGGACUGUCAAACUCUGAAUUGUAGUGAAUUAACAUCUGAAAUGCAAAGCGGGGGGGAUAAACUAGCCAGUUUGGGAUUAAAACAGUCGGGGAAUUCUUCCAAAUGAACAAUUUUAUAAGCAAUGUGUAAAACUAAAAUUUAAGAAAAAAAACUAGACUCAAGUGGCUCUGUCUCAUCUGGGGUCUUUGCAAAUUUUUCAAAGAUCCAUGAUGGUGACUGCUUAGCUUGGUGUCUGGCAGCCGCAGUGUGCAGGGGAAGGUAAAUUUUACUUACCUGAACCUGUCCAAUGCGGCCGGAGCUGUUUUCUUCCUGCCUUGUCCUUCUCCGCUUCUGAUGCUUCAUCUCACAUUCGCAAGAGUGUAAUACUGUGGUCUUUAGAGGAUCCUACAAAGAUGCAUUAUCUUUUCCCCUACACCUGUCACUAGUGACGGCUGGUGGAAAUGACAACAUUUUACAGUGGUAGCUCUUCCUAUUGUCAAGCGUAGGAAAAAUACUAAGACAAAGUAAUCCGUACUUUAGCUCAUUAUAAUUCCAACACAGUCCAUGUGCGUUUUUCAUAAAGAUUUUUAUCUUUAUGAAUUACUCAUUUUGGAAAGGGUAGGAAGGCUGACAGAGAGCCACUUUAAUUAUUCUUACACCUUUAUCAAACAAUUUAUUUUCUCUAAGGUUUCAGGCUAAUGGGGUGAGAAUUGUUGGAAAUUCAAUGUGAAUGUCUAAAAUUUAAUGCCGAAAUAGCUAAAAUGAAAAUCCUAGUUUGAAGCAAAAUUGGAAGUGCAUCAAACUGUUUUUUGUUUUUUUGGUUGUUUUUUUUGCCUUCUUUUGAAUCACUCACAAAACACAGAUGUGACGAAGGCUGAACUUGAUGGACGCAUGUCUCUGGAGCCUAUGUAACUAUGUAACUAUGUAGAAGCAUAACUGACUUAGAGUUUUUAAGUGUUGCUAUUUUGGCUUUAAAUUUGAAAUUGAAUUUGAAUUCCUGACAAUUAUCACUUUAGUGAGUGACCUUGUAAAUAAAUGUUCACAGCAUAAAAAUAUCAGUAUUGUAAUAUUUUGCUGAGCUAUUUUUCACUUUUUUGAUAUUAGAAUGCUAUUAUAAUAUAAAGGAACACUAUAUAGUGUCAGGAAUACAAUCAUGUAUUCCUGACACUAUUGGUAUAUCUAGCUGUUUAGUCCCGUGCUCCCCCCCUUACCUCUGGUUUAAAAGGGGAAGUACCUUGCAUGCCAUAGGCUGCUGACACCUGUCCUGGUGAUUUGUCUAGCAAACUUCAAUUUCCAGUCUGACGGCCAUUAGAGGCAUGUUCUCUUGGAAAUAUGAACAUUGCCAUUUCUCUGAAACAUCAUAUAGCAAUGCAACUUCCCUGCUAAUUCCUAGUUUUGGCAUCUUACCUUUUGUAUGCUUAUUAUCCCGGUCAGACCAUUUUACCAGUAUGUGUCCUUGGGCCAGAAACCUGGUGAUGUAUAUCCUACUACCUCAAAUCCUCUUCGAUUGUAAACAUGUUUUAACAGGGACUUCUUCACCCCUUAAAUAUCCCCUUUCUAUAAUUAUAAAGUGCUGUAGAAUAUGAUGGCGCUGUAUAAAAGCUAAUAAUACAAAUAUAUUAGGUGUACAUACAUAUAGAAAUCUGUGAGUAUUUGGUGUCCUGUUUUACAGUAAUCAUACAUUAUCUGCUGUUCGAUUAAUGUGGCAGUUUAUUUGUAUCUAAGUUUUCCUUUAUAUUGGUGCUUUAACUUGCAAUGUGUGUUUUUCAAAUAGAAUAACAUGCAUUCUUUACAUUUAUUAUUUUACAUGCAGUUAUGCCAAUGCGAUGAUUUCAUUAAUGGAUAAAGAUUGUCGUUACCUUCUGGUUACUCUCGAAUAUAAUCCAAAAUUGCAUCCAGGUAAGCAAAGAUGUCAAUGGAUUGUUGUCGAUGGAAUAUAUGUUUUAUAUUUUUAACUUUAACCCACAUUAAAUCUGCAAAAAUGACUGGGGGUGAAGUCAUUAUUUUGCAUUUGUAAGCUUUUGAUACAGGCAUAAAUUGACACUGUGCUCCUUUCAAUAGAUGUGGACAAAGUAGAUCCUGCAAAAAGUUUAUAGCAAAAGACCUUUCCGAGGACUUGUAAUGUUUUAUUUACUUGUCCCUAUGUUUAAUAUGUAUUUUAGAGGAGUGAGAUAUCAAACUAAAUGUAGAAAUUCAUUCCCCUUCAUCCUGCAAGUGGGUCCCUUCAUCUAAGCCCUUUUUCAAGCAUAAUUGAUAUUCCACAUCAAUAAAGCUUAGAGAGAUCAGAAAUUAAACUGAUUCUGUUUCUCAUUUUCAUUUGCAGUGUUUGCCCUACUGUUGCCAUGUCUGAGCCAGUUUGUGAUGUAAUUUGCUAAAUCUUUACUACUCCCCUUCCUUUUUGGUUAAGACUUAAAAGUCAGACAGUAGAGAAGCAAAAUACUCUAGCAAACAUUAUUUCCCUAGGUCAUGAAUUUGAAACUUUAUUCACACAUUCUAACAAACAUGGAGGAGAUCUUAAGGUCAAUGAAUAAAGAGGUGUAUCUUAAAAACCUCUGCAUACUCCAGGGUAAAUACUACUCUACAUGGUAUCAUGCCUGCUUACAGAUCUUAUUUUUCACAUUCUGCUGGUAUUUUUAUGAAUCUGCAUUACUACAAAUACCACCAGGAUCAGUACUAAUAUUUAAAGAUCAAUAUUCACAUCUAAAAGUUAGCCAUUGCUUGUUCUAAACUUUAUUUUUAUUUAUAUAUAUAUAUAUAUAUAUAUUUUCUUCAUAGGUAAUUUUCUAUUUUAACCUGCAUGCUGUGCUGAGCACACAUGUGAAAGCAUGCAAAUUGGUUUUGUUUUAACUUGCCUCUGCUGCUUUGUUCACCCCAGUAAAUGCUGCAAUAGCAUUUCACAGGAAGUAUUAGUUCUUUUUUAGGGGGUUAAAGGUGGGGAGGGGGGGUUGAUGUAUUACACCUACUGUGAUGCAGUGUUAGGUAACACAAAGUUAUUUUUGUUUGUAUGUUAAAGGACCACUAUAGGCACCCAGACCACUUCAGCUUAAUGAGGUGUUCUGGGUGCCAGGUCCAGCUAGGGUUAACGCUUUUUGCUGUAAACAUAGCAAAUUCAGAGAAAAUGCUAUGUUUACCUAUGAGUUAAUCCAGCCUCUAGUGGCUGUCUCAUUGACAGCCGCUAGAGGCGCUUCCGCGCUUAUCACUGUGAUUUUCACAGUGAGAAGACGCCAGCAUCCAUAGGAAAGCAUUGAGAAUGCUUUCCUAUGAGACUGGCUGAAUGCGCGCACGGCUCUUGCCGCGCAUGCGCAUUCAGCCAGGGGCGUCAGAAGAGGGAAGAGAGUCCCAGCACCGAGGGAGCCCGGCACUGGAAAAAGGGUAAGGGAUUAACCCCUUCCUCCCCCCUCAGCGCCACGGGAGUGGGACCAUGAGGGUGGGGGCACCCUCAGGGCACUAUAGUGCCAGGAAAACGAGUAUGUUUUCCUGGCACUAUAGUGUUCCUUUAAUAUUUCAGAUGUGUCUAAAAUAUUGGCUCAUCAUGUGACCUCUAAAUUAUUAUCCUUUCUGUAAAGGAUAAACAAAUACAAAUUAAAAUGUUAAGGGAUAUACCGUCCAUUUUGAAACAACAAUUGACUGUGACAUGGUGAUCGGCCACACCUGCCCAGUUCUUAGUUUACCCAAACUUGUUGAUAAAUAUACAUAGUGCCACAGUUAACACAUGCAUAUUUUAAAAGUGCAAAUAUGUACGUAUACAUAUAAACAUGAUCCACACAUUUGUGGGCACCAGAUUUACUUAUUUUUUUUGUUUGUUUAUAGUUUGAUUGUUAAUUGCCGUGCAUUCUCUUUCAGGCCCACCAUUUUAUGUUCCAGAUGCAGAGUUAGAGAAAUUGCUUGGUAAGUGAGAUGAGAUUAAUAUAUGUUGUUAAUGUGUGAAAGUCACUUUGAGUAGGUGUGUGUGUCUAGUUAUGAAUUUGUGAGGGUCAGUAGCUGAAUCAUCCUAUACCACAGCGCUCCAAGACCUUUAAAAAUAAUUCU